CGUUCCGGGAUCACAUCUCCGCACAUGCGUAAUACCAGAGCAUCCAUAUUUCCCGGCACUUUGUUGUGCAGACUCGGAGGUUGUAUUUCGGACUAGAACAUCCAGCAGGCUGGCGGAGAUAAAGGAGAAAAGGCGUCCAGGACCAGGGGAUGCUGGUGAGGAUGAUGAUGGCGAGGAAGAAGAAGAAUACACUGUAGAGAAAGUUGUAGAUGUCCGAAUGAAGUCUGGCAAGAGAGAGUAUCUCCUCAAAUGGAAAGGAUAUCCAGAUUCAGAAAACACCUGGGAACCAGAAGAAAAUCUUGAUUGUCCAGACUUGAUAGCAGAUUAUGAAGACAAAAGGAAAAAAAGGGAACAAGAAAAGAAGAGAAAAACAGCUAAUGGAAUGGAAGAUGGAUCAACAAAGAAAAAGAAAAAAGUUACUGAAGUAAAAACAACAGAAGAAGACAACAAACCCAGAGGAUUUGACCGUGGACUGCAGCCAGAGCGUAUUAUUGGUGCUACAGAUAGUUCCGGGGAAUUAAUGUUUUUAAUGAAAUGGAAAGACAGUGAUGAGGCAGACUUGGUGCCUGCAAGACAAGCCAAUGUUAAAUGUCCACAGAUUGUUAUUGCAUUUUAUGAAGAGAGGCUCACCUGGCACACACACAAUGAUAACGAGGAAGACGAGAGUAAAGAAGAAAGUGCAAAGUCAUAAACUUGGGGUGAUUAGGGGGUAGGGUGGGAGGGGAGGGGACAGGAAGAGUUUGUAUAACCAAGUCUAAUGGGGAUGUAAGUUGCACAUUUGAUGUUUAGAUAUGCAGAGGAAAUCAAUGUUUGGAUAAGAUGUCAGAAUGUGAUAGUGCUUUUAUGAUGAAAGAGAAUUCCAAUAGAAAUAUUGCUAUGUAAUAUCAAUUAUUUUCAGUAUCUUUCACAAAAACAACCUUUCCCUCCUUUAGAUUCUGGUUCUGUGCUGGAGAAUUUAACAGUGACACACUUAUUCCUGUGCAAUGAAUACCCAUCAGACUUGGUUGUAGUUCUUGGAUGGUUGCAUCGUUUUAGGACUUGUUUUUGUAACAUUUCAUGCUGCAUCAUUUUCCUUUUUAUCAUUCAAUUGUCUGUUCAUUGAUUGUCACGUAAUUCACAUGCAAGAGAUGUCAUUUAUAGAUCAAUGUCUGCCGAACAUAUAAUGGAUAUUGUGUGUAGUCUUUACAUAUUCAAUCAAUAUUUUCUUGACUGCCUGGCAGUGGUUAGAUGCCAUAGUUUGAUGACCCUUCUUGCAUGUCAUUAAGGUUCUCUGAUAAGCCUUUAAAGCCCAGGAUGGAACAAAGGAUUCUGCUUCAUCAGUAUUAUCUUUAGUCUGUCUGAACAUUCUGUGCAAGAAGUGCCAUUAAUUGAACUCUUUGUUCUUUUCACUGGUAAUGUAUUGACUGUUUGCAUUACUUUUGGGAAAUAGUUGAUAGGAGCAUAUUGUUCAUUUGAAACACCUGGUCCAAAGGACUGGUGAGCUUAAGCCAUGACCUGGUGUCCGUCCGUCAGCUUUUCCUAAAAAUAAUUACUAAUGAACAACUUCAACCAUAUUUGGUCUGAAGCAUGCUUGUUUGAAGGGAAACCAAUUUUUGUUAUAAAAUAGUGGGUCUGAGGAGGUGGUCCUAUAAAGGAAAACAAUUGGUUGUUGAUGUCAGUUCUUUUCAACUGAAUUUGCUUCAAAUACUAAUAAUUUGGAGUUUUGUAUACCUCUAUACUAAGCAUCAUAGGAGUCACAAAGGGUUUGGGCAGUGGUGGCCAAGUGGUUAAAAGUAUCCUCCACCUCUGGGUUGUGACUUCGAAGCCCACAUGGGGCAGUUGUCUGGUACUGACCAUAGGCCAGUGGUUUCUUCUGGGUACUCCGGCUUUCCUCCACCUCCAAAACCUGGCAUGUCCUUAAAUAACCCUGACUGUUAAUAGGACAUUAAACUAAACUCAAAGUGGUUCACAAAUUAUUAUCCAUUGUUAUUAGGCCUUGGGCAACCAGUCAGUGUCUUACUGAACUUCCUUCAGAUGAUACAUUGGGAACUGCUAAUUUGCCUUGAAUUUUCUUUGCAACCAGAAAGCUAAAUGUAAUUAAAGGGGUGUUUACUACAAAUGAUAGAUGUUACCAAGAGGCAGAUUCUAAAAUGGGAAAAUGAUUAGAAUACUACAUCUAGUGCUUGCCAAAAUCACUUUAAUAUCCAGGUGAGCGAUGCAGGCCCCAUGUAUGCCUCUUGUUUAUGAUGUGUAAUAGGUCGGUCUAUAGCUAUCAAGUGUGCUUGUAAAAUAUAUUAACUGUUCUUUGUCAUACAAAAUCCAUUUUUGACGGUGGGAUCUUUUCUCUCUCUUUGGGAAUAAUUUCUUCAACAAAACAAUCAAAGAAUUUCAAUAAGAGCAAAUGUCAACAUUAUUUUCACAUUAAUUGGAGUGGGAUUUCAGAAAACAAUUUUUCAAAGGCACAUUUUUUGGAUGUUUCAAAGUAACGCCUGCAUUAAAAUUAAAAUAGGGUCUUAUUUGCACUGCAUAUUGCUUAAAAUAGAGUAAACAUGAAGAGCUAUGUACAUGUAUAUAACACACAUAGAAAACUUUUUAAAAUGUGACAAGAACCUUUUCAGGCAGUAAAAGUAUUUUGGGUUUUGUGCCAUAAUUGUAAACAUGUAUAUAAGUACUUUUUGAUUUUUUGUUUUUAUUUCAUUUUUAGAUCUGUAUCGUGUCAUAGAAAAUGUUGAGAAAAAAUUGCUUUUAAUUAUGAGGAUUCAUAAUGAGACAAGUUUUUGAUACAUCUUGGUUGUCUAAAUAAGUUCAGCAUUCCACAUGGUUAAUUUGCAUGACUUGAUCAUGUUCUGUUCAGUGAAAUGGUAUGUUUUAGAUGUGAUCAGGGUUUGCACUCGGUAUUUAAUAAAUGGGGUAACUCUGUUCAAUCAAACCUAUUAUUUUCUAUACUCCAAAAAGGCUACUGGGAUAACUGUUGAACAAAUUCUCGGCUCGUAUGCCCGCAAUUUUGUUUUUGUGGAGUUGCAGUAAUUGGCUGAUUUCAACCCUGAAGUUGUCAUCAUCUUAGCUUGUGACUGUAAAGAUAUUUUCAAUUUGUAUUUGGAAAAUGAAAAUUUUAUCUUUCAGGUUUUUACCUUUCGGUGUUGCAGCUUAUUUAGACUAUUCAAACUUCAUUUCACAUGAUAUUUAGAUAUUAAGAUGUUGUCCUUAACGAUGUAAUGGCAUUAAAUAUUCAUUAAGAUGCUGUUUGUACAUAAUCAUUUACAAUAUCAAAAUAGCUAUUGUUUGUCAACAUUGGUAUUGAGCAACUGUCACAAGGCAACGGACCAUGCUUCAAGUAUUAAAUUGAAAAUGCAAAAGUAGGGCUUUUAAAGCCAGUUUAUCCUUGUUAGAGUAGUAAAGCAUGGUCAGCUUGCUGAUAAGGGGGGGGGGGGGGGGGGGGGGGGGGCUGGUUAUGCAUAUGAUUAUGUUAACAAAUUGCACCAUCAUGAUCAAUUAACCAGAGAUUAAUUGUAACCUAACUUUUGGAAUUUUUUUUUAACUCGGAAAAAUAUACCAAAAAUCAAAUAGUUAUAUCAUGUCCUGGCUUACAAAAUCGUAUCCAAAUGUUGUACCAUAAAGUUUGUGUGGAGAGAUGACUGAUUUUCUAAAUAGCACAUUGUAUAAAUCAUCGAGUAAGGUUUGGGCAGCUGUAUCAAGCAUUUUGUUCAAACAAGAACGGAACUCAUUUCAUGUGAUGUAGUAGUCAUUUUAUUGAUGUUUUUGAAUAAAAAUGUCAUGCAAUACGA